UGCGUUAGGAUUCUAAUACACUUUUUCUACUAUGGGGUUUCAACUAUGCAAAGGUAGCAGACUUUGGACCUUGCCGGCGGCAGAGAGGCCAUCUAUUAUCGAGAGGAAAAAGAGGAAGUCAGCCAACCCCGACAAGUACUUCCAAUGAAAAUGGUGGCGUCGAGGAGAGGCACAACUUUUCAGAUGGUCUGAUACAAGGAAUCAGGAAGUGUUGGUAGGAUUUUCAUGAAUGACUGGAAGCUCUCAAAGUGGUUAAUGAUGCUUACUAA